AUGAAAAUUCAAAUUUUUCUGAUUUUUCUCAAUAUUUUUUUGGUGACAAAAAUUGAGACGAAAAUAAAUUGGCGUAAGUCGGAUUUGCCGCAAUUUCGGUGAGUUUUGGUGCUAACAUUUAGAUUAACUACAGUAACUCAGUUUGCCAUUUUGAUAAACAAUACUUCUGCUACGAAACUACAGUAACCCAAGUAUCAAUUUUUACCUACAGUAACCUAUAUGAUUUGCUAUCAUUUUAAAGCAUUUCUGUGGCCAUAAAUCCCGCUUUCCCCGUUUAGAACUAAAAUUUCGCGAUCAGAUCAAAAACCACCACUGAAGCACCCGAAAUCACAUCCGAUAACCGCAUCGUAAACUGGAAAAACAAUUUGCACUUCGAAAAAGUCAAGCCGAGCAGCAAUAUUUUCUGUCGAAUCUGGAAUCUGUGUGCACAUUAUUCUUAUGGAACACUCUUGAUGAAUAUUGUUGGAAAAUGGAGAAAUGAUGGAUUUAUUUGGCCGUAUGAGGUGAGUGAAGAAGAAGUUGGAGUCGAAAAAUUGCGGGAAUAUUUUGACACCAAAUACUCUUGGGAUCAUUUUCUCCAAAUUAAAAUUUAGAAAAUUUUUUGCAGAAAGGCGGUGGAAAAAUGAAAUUUCCCAAAAAUUCGGUGACAAAUUUCGUGCAAAAAUAUCAUCGUGAGCAUCGGAAUUCGCCAAUUCCAGUCUAG